UAAAUCUAUAGUUCACUGUCUUAUAUCAUCUCUCGAUUGUCAAAAUGGGUGCUAAACCUGAAGAACUUCACAUAGUUUUCUUCCCAUUCAUGGCACAUGGCCACAUGAUUCCAACCCUUGAUAUAGCGAGACUCUUUGCAGCUCGCAAUAAAGUGAAGGUGACCAUUAUCACCACCCCUCUAAAUGUCUCCACCUUCUCAAAGGUCAUCCAAAGCAGCAAGGGAAUUGAAGCCUCGAUUAACAUUGAGAUAUUCAGGUUUCCAGCAAGGGAAGCUGGCCUGGCUGAAGGACUCGAGAACAUGGAACAAGUAAUGAGACCUGAGUUUAUCAACAAGUUUUUCAAAGCUGCAGAUUUGCUAAGUGAGCAACUCGAGCAGUACUUGGAGAAGGUCAGACCCAACUGCCUUGUUGCUGACAUGUUCUUCCCAUGGGCAACUGAUUGUGCAGCUAAGUUCAACAUCCCUAGGCUAGUCUUCCAUGGGUUUAGCUACUUUUCCCUUUGUGCUCAAGAAAUUAUCAGGCUACAUGAGCCCUUUAAGAAUGUGUCUUCUGACCAACAGACAUUCCUUCUUCCUUCCCUUCCCCAUGAGAUACAGUUAACAGGACUGCAGAUCUCGGAAGAUUUAAGGAAAAGUGACGAAACGGAAUUCAAAAGGAGAAUGGAUAAGAUCAAGGAAUCAGAGCUCGAGAGUUACGGAGUGAUUGUUAACAGCUUUUAUGAGUUGGAACCUGAUUAUGCAAAUUUUUUCAGAAAAGAAUUGGGGAGGAGGUCAUGGAAUAUAGGUCCUGUUUCACUAAGCAACAAAAGCAAAGAGGAGUCAAUAGAUGAACACGAGUGCUUGAAAUGGCUUAGCUCAAAGAAGCCUAAUUCAGUAAUUUACAUUUGUUUUGGGAGCACAGUAAGCUUUAUAGCUCCUCAACUGCAUGAGAUUGCAGUGGCUCUAGAAAUCACAGGGCAAGAAUUCAUUUGGGUCGUGAGGAAUAAUGCAGACAAUAUAAGAAAGAAUGAAGAGUGGUUGCCACCUGGAUUCGAACAACGGACAGAAGGCAAAGGCCUGAUAAUAAGAGGAUGGGCUCCACAGGUGUUAAUCUUGGAGCAUGAAGCCAUUGGAGCUUUUGUGACUCACUGUGGCUGGAACUCAACACUAGAAGGGAUUUCAGCUGGUGUACCAAUGGUUACAUGGCCUAUUUUCGCUGACCAAUUCUAUAACGAAAAAUUGGUGACUCAAAUUUUGAAGACUGGCGUCCCUGUCGGGGCUAAAAAGUGGAGUAGAAUUCCUUCAAUAGAGUAUCUCAUCAACCAGGAUGCUAUACAGAAAGCAUUGACAGAAAUAAUGGUGGGAAAAGAGGCAGAAGAGAGGAGAAACAGAGCAAAGAAGCUCAAGGAAAUGGCAUGGAAGGCUGUUGAAGAAGGUGGUUCUUCACAAUCUGAAAUAACAACAUUGAUAAAAGAAUUAAGAAGUUAUGAUCCCUUCAAGAAGAACAAUAGCAUGUUAACAGUUUAAGUUUUAAUUCUCUGUCCUAUUUCCUCUGUAAUUCAUCAUUGAUGCAAAUUAUCAUAUCGCCAUUUAUGUUCAAAAUCUGAAAUUAGUUGUAA